UUCAGCGAACAUGACAGCAUAGCAUCGUCGCAUCGCCAUCACUUCUGCGAUCACGUGGUCAAGUCAAGUCAAAAUCGACAAUGGCUGGUCGCGGACGGGGAAAAGUGGCAAUAGCUGCAUUUCCCGAAGUCCGUCACCAAUUACGACGUCCGAAAGAGGAACUACUUGCUGUAAAUGGCAGCACAACCACAAAUUCAUCUGUUGAUGGGACGCCACAGAAAACCACCGACGACACACCGGACAGUGAAGACCUGAAGAAACUAUGUUUUCGACUGAAAUACCUUCUCUCAUCUUCGGAUUCAGAUUUCCCGAAAACAAUAGGUGCUGUCAAGGUUGCUGUUAAGACAAAAAAUGAUGCAAGGAGCGCAUCCGAGUACAUGCACGAACUCAGCCAGUUGGGUGCCGACCAAGCCAAGAUUACUGCGCUAGCCUUUGUUGCCCUGGCAGAUUGGGAAAUUGAGGGGAGCAAGUUUCGAAAGUUUCUAUUGGACAAGAUGCAAGCAGAUUUUGAAGGAUUCAAAGAGAAGUCCAACAGGCGCCAAAUGUACUACUGUGCAAUGCCACGUUCCUCUGUGAGGUGUACUGCAGGUACCUGCUCAGUGGUGCUCCUCUGAAGCCCCUGCAAGGCCAGCGUGGGAGUACCUUAACUUCAUGCUGCGAAGCCAACAGCCUUUCUUCGUUAAGCACUGCUUGCAAAUUGUGGCGGAGCAUGGAGGAUUUCUUUCAAAGCAUGGAGAGAGCGAGAUGGCUUCGUUCCUUGAUGAAGUCCGCAGCCUAAUUGUUGAAGAUGGUGUGGAAAAGCAUGUGCGAAAGC